UAGGGGCGCGUGCCUGCCUGCGUCCCUACCCGGAAAAGCCGCCGUGGCCCAAAGUUGAGACUGUGCGCGGCUCCGCGUCCGCGGGAAGUACAGGUCCUGCAGAGGACGGGCGAAAGCGGUCGGACGAAGCCUGCGCGCCCCCGCGUAAGGCCGCGUCCCCCCGACCUGGAGCGGCCGCGCGCACGCCCCGCCCCCUCCCACGCCGCACGGUGCGGGCUGGCGGUGGCCACCCGCGGGAGCAGCGCUUUCCCGGCGACCAAGACAGUGCGUGUCAGCCCUAAUCUGGAUUCGACAUGAACAGUGAGCAGGUCACACUGGUGGGUCAAGUGUUCGAGUCCUAUGUUUCAGAGUACCAUAAGAAUGAUAUUCUCCUGAUCUUGAAAGAAGAAGAUGAAGACGCUCACUUCCCAGUUGUGGUUAACGCCAUGACCCUUUUUGAGACCAACAUGGAACUUGGAGACUAUUUCACCGUGUUUCCCAACGAAGUCCUAACUGUUUUUGACAGUGCACUUCGAAGGUCAGCCUUGGCAAUUUUACAGUCCCUUCCUGACCUUCAGGGGUUUUCUAUGAAGCAGAAUCUUCAUGCCAGGAUAUCUGGUUUGCCUGUUUGUCCUGAACUGGUAAGGGAACAAAUCCCUAAAACCAAGGAUGUGGGACACUUUUUAUCUGUCACUGGGACAGUUAUUCGAACGAGUCUGGUGAAGGUCCUGGAGUUCGAGCGGGAUUACAUGUGUAACAAGUGCAAACACGUAUUUGUGGUGAAGGCUGACUUCGAGCAGUAUUACACCUUCUGUCAGCCAUCUUCAUGUCCAAGCACAGACGGCUGUGAUUCCUCAAAAUUCACUUGCCUCUCAGAUUUGUCUUCAUCUCCAGCCAGAUGUCGGGAUUACCAGGAAAUCAAAAUUCAGGAGCAGGUACAAAGGCUGUCUGUUGGAAGUAUCCCACGAUCUAUGAAGGUUAUUUUGGAAGAUGACCUAGUGGACAGUUGCAAAUCUGGAGAUGACCUCACCAUCUAUGGGGUUGUAAUGCAACGGUGGAAACCCUUUCAGCGAAAUGUGCGCUGUGAAGUGGAGAUCGUCUUGAAAGCCAACUAUGUCCAAGUGAACAAUGAGCAGUCCUCAGGGAUGGUCAUGGAUGAGGACAUGCGAAAAGAAUUUGAAGACUUCUGGGAAUACUAUAAGAGUGACCCCUUUGCAGGGAGGAAUGAAAUACUGGCCAGCUUGUGUCCUCAAGUAUUUGGGAUGUAUCUAGUAAAGCUUGCUGUGGCCAUGGUACUGGCUGGUGGAAUUCAAAGAACUGACGCUGCAGGAACAAGGGUCAGAGGUGAAUCUCAUCUUUUAUUGGUUGGGGAUCCUGGCACAGGGAAAUCACAAUUCCUCAAAUAUGCAGCAAAGAUUACGCCAAGGUCCGUUUUGACCACAGGAAUUGGAUCGACUAGUGCAGGUCUGACAGUAACAGCUGUAAAAGACUCAGGAGAAUGGAAUUUGGAGGCUGGUGCCUUGGUGCUUGCAGAUGCUGGCCUGUGCUGUAUUGACGAAUUUAACAGCCUCAAAGAGCAUGACAGAACCAGCAUCCAUGAAGCAAUGGAACAACAAACCAUAAGUGUUGCUAAGGCUGGGCUUGUUUGUAAGCUGAACACAAGGACAACCAUUCUGGCAGCAACUAACCCCAAAGGCCAAUACGACCCCCAGGAGUCUGUGUCUGUGAACAUUGCCCUCGGCAGCCCACUCUUAAGUCGAUUUGACCUCAUCCUGGUUUUGCUCGACACUAGAAAUGAAGACUGGGAUCGUAUAAUUUCCUCCUUUAUCUUAGAAAAUAAAGGUUAUCCAAGCAAAUCAGAGAACCUGUGGAGCAUGGAAAAGAUGAAAACCUACUUCUGCCUCAUUAGAAAUCUCCAGCCCACACUGUCUGACGUGAGCAAUCAAGUACUCCUCCGAUACUAUCAAAUGCAAAGGCAGAGUGAUUCACGGAAUGCAGCUCGGACAACCAUCCGCCUGUUGGAAAGCUUGAUUCGAUUAGCAGAAGCUCAUGCUCGCCUGAUGUUUCGAAAUACCGUGACUCUAGAAGAUGCUAUUACAGUGGUGUCAGUGAUGGAGUCCUCGAUGCAGGGAGGUGCACUGCUAGGAGGUGUGAAUGCUCUUCACACUUCCUUCCCUGAAAGCCCACAGGCACAGUACUGGAGGCAGUGUGAACUCAUUCUGGAAAAGCUGGGACUCCAUAGCCUCUUGCAGGAAGAGCUUAGAAGACUUGAAAGGUUACAGAAUGACAGUGUGCACCAACGCCAGCCACAGUCACUAGACGUAGAGGCAGUUCCAGAUUCCUCAAGAAAUGAUCCAAGGCACAAGCCAAGGCUGGCAACUUCAGCACAGCAGGAACAGAGCUGUAACUGGUACAACUCCUCCCCAGCUGUGAGUCCCACGGAGAGGCCUGAUGGAGACUCUCCACCUGGUCCAGCACUUAGUGGACCAACAAGUAGGAACCAGUCUGAGCUUAAAGGUGGCAGGGGUGAUGAUUUAGACUGGUUUAACCUCAUGGCGACUCCUGAGAUUGAACCAGAAAGCACCAUUGUGUCUCCUGAUCUGAAAACAACUGAGGAAAAUGUGGCUUUGAAAAUCUCCAACAGUAAAUUUCAGGGCAAGGAGAAACAUGAGCCAGGGCAAAGGAGCAAAUUAUUAGAAGCUGGGCAUCUUCUACCAUCGGGAGCCAUGGAUGCUCCCUUACAGUCGAACAGUGUCACGAAUACAAAGGCAAGACUGGCAGCAGUUGUGUCUGAUAUAGCAGGACAGGCUGGUGAACCAGACUCUGGACUGACUCACGUGCCCCACAGGCUCCCCAAGCUGCAGAAGGAAGGGUCUCAAAACUUGUACAGAAGUACAACCAGGGUGCGAUCACUGCUACCUACAGUUCCCUUUCCCCCAUCCAUUCCUUCUCCUGAGCCAGAGAAAACAACAGAAACACCCAAAAGAAAGAGACAGAAAUCUGCUCAGGUGGGAGAGCCUGAACUUGAAAGUGUCAAGACUACACAAACCCCAGUUGCAAAACUAGGCAAAUUCACUUUUAAAAAGAAAACAAAACUGACCCACUCCCCUGAAUGCCGCAGCCCUGUGCUUCUCAGUUCUACUAAAAUAGCAACCAACAGUUUGAAAAUUCCCCAGCAAAGAACAAGAAGAGAAGCAGCUGUGCCUGUGGAAGGCCCAGGAAAGUUGACAUCUCCCUCAGGAGACAGAUGCUCUGGCCAGCUGCAGGGAGAGACAAAGGAGCUCUCAAGGCAGCCACCAGAGAGUAAUAGACCAAGAGAGGAGAGGGAACAGGGCCCUGAAAGAAGGGUUGUUCAGCCCGAACUGGAGCUUGGGAACCAAGCUGGGCACUCUCAUCCAGCACAUGAGAAAGCCAGAAAGGAAGGGGUUUCCUGCAGUAAUAAAAGCAGCAGGGUUCAUGCUGGAACAUUAGCCAGACUGGCAAACUUCUCCUUCACUCCUCCUCCGGAAUCCAAAUCAGAACCCCUCUGUCCUGAAAGGAAGGACCACAGGGAGAGAAGCUGCAGCCUUCCUGCAAGCACAGCUCCGGUGCUUGGCCAGCAAAGGCAGUCUUUUCAGCUGCAGCAGCCCACCAAGAGAGGGAAUCUUUCCACACCGUCCCUCUUCACUCUAUCAGAACUCGAUGAUGAAGCAUUAGAUUUUGACUGGGAUGAAGAGAUGAGGAAAAAUCCAUGAUUAUGAAAAGCUUUCUGGUCAGAACUGUCUUCCCAGCUCAAUUGAGUGCCUCCAAAGUGUAGUGCAGUGGUUAUGGGUGUGUCCAUAAUGGGUAGUAAGUGCCAUACAGAAGCCCAGCUUCCUGUGGGUUCACAAUUCCAUGGUUAUCCUCAUGACUUAGAAUGCUAAAUAAUUAAUUUUUGUCAGUGUGAUACCAGCACUUGGGAUGAAUGAAUUAAGGCUUUAUUUCUCAAAACGAUGAUUUGCAUCCCAGGGCAUUUCUAGUUUUCCACCUGUUUCUGUUUUUUUUCUUUUCUUUUUCUUGUUGUUGUUGUUGUGCUUAUUGAUGUUGUUCUUGUUAUUCUUGUUCUUUUUUUCUUCUUGUUGUUGUUCUUCUUCUUUUGGGGGGCUUGGUUGAUUGUUUUGUUUUUGUUUUUUUAUUGUUUUUUUGUUUUGGGGUUUGGGUUGAUUGCUUGGUUUGGUUUGGUUAUAAUAGAGAAGUUCUUUUCUAAGUUUCUUUUUUCACUUAUCCAGACCAAAUGGCAAGAAGGUAGCACUCAUAAAUCUAACAAGGCAGAUGAGUGUUUUCUGUUUUGCUUUGUAUUUUCUACCAAAUAUGUACUGAAUGUUGUAUUUAUUAACAUUGGGAUUAACUGGUCAGAAUCAUGUGAUUUUCUUGAACCUUUGUGUUUACUUUCAUGCAUCAGGUUAAAAGAGACUGAGCCUUUUCCAUCUUUGAGAAGCUUGCUUUCCCUCCAUGGUACCCUCAAGGAAAGUCACACUGUAGCCUUCCAGUACUGACUUUGUCUCUUUUCCUUUAGCCAGUAUUCCCUCCCCGUCUUUGAUUCUUUUUUAUGCUCAGAGCCUACCUUCAAUGCAACUUAAAUCAUGUGGUUAGAAAACGAGUGAGGUACUUAGUCACAUCCACAUCAGUAUUAACAUGGAAAUGUGAUUCUACUAGGUUGUCAUUUAUUUGUCUUUUUAAAAAAAUGAAGCAAAUUUGGCUUGAGAUAUGGCUCAGAAGUAGGUGUUUAUCUAGCGUUUAUGAAGUCCCAGGUUAAAUCCCUUACACGAAACUAAAUAUAUAAGUAAAAAUAAAAUAAAACCAAACAUUUCCAUGUCUGAUGGGAGUCAAAGACUCAAACUGUGUUCUUCUUUGUGCUUCUAAACUGCUUUCUGUGGAUUCCAGAGGGAGCUCUUAGGGCUCUGUCCUGACAGACGUGUUCAGCAUUUGCAUUUGUAGCCUUGACUGAUUCCUGAAUCAACUGGAGGAUUCUGGGACAUGAGAGUACUCAAAACUGUAUGUGAUUUGUUAAUGUUUACUUUGUGAAACUCGUACAGGAAAAAAAACUUAUGAAGCCAAAUCUUCUUGAGCAUUUAAAAAUUAAUUCUCAAAUUGACUAUCUUACUACAACAUUUUAAACUGUUCAGGCGGAUUUAACACUUAGGAGUCUUUGGAUACCUUAAACAGCUCAUAAAACAUUUAUAUAAGCAGUACUUUCAGACUCACUUAAACCUACUCAAAAACAUUAAGAUUAUGCUUUAAUUAAUGUAUUUCUGCAACUAUUUAAGAACUGUCAAGUAUAGUAUGAUCCUGAAUAUAUUCCUUGUACCCUAGCAUUAUAUUUUUCCCUGGGUUUCACUAGACUUCCUAUAAAUAAAGAAGAAAGAAAAGGA